CCUAUUUUUGGAUCGCUGUUUUCUUUAUGAGCUUGACGUGCCUUACAGCAUCACACACUUUAAUUGCAUUUAUCGUCCUGCUUUUCACUUCUUUCCAACUGUACCUUGCCUCAACGCAACAACAGCCUAUAUCUACAGUUACAACACCUCUUCUUUUCGCACACGCAAUGGCAGACCACGGCGGCAGCAACAGCGGCUCUCAUCUGCACACAAAUCAUAACCACAGCGUGGCACACACCGCCACAGGAAUCAAAGUAGCCAACAUGCAUCACAGCGGCGAGCUAGUAGAACGCACCAGGCCGCCAGAAACAUCGGAAGCACUGGGGGCAGAACCAACAAACGAAAGCCCGGCUCCUCAGCUCAGGCGCGUGGCAAUGGAGACUAUGCACACCGAAAAGCCGUCAGCGCGGAGGAGCAUGAUUCUGGGCGCAGCAGCGCUCUCCGUGUGCAUCCUUGCGUUUAUUGGCCAGACAGUUGUGACGCGGCAAGUGCAGGAGUCGUACGUGCAGCCGUACUUCAUCCUGUGGAUCUCGCACUCGUUCUGGAUCAUCAUGUUGCCGCUGCACGUGGCAUACGAAAAGCUGAAGCGCAGCCCGCGGUCGCUGGCGAUGCUCAGGAUGGAGGCGCUGGUCGGGUCGGCGACGCUAGCCGUGCAGCAGAAGCGCAGUGGCAGCAGGCAUGGCGAGUACCACCAGCUGGAGGCUGCGGCCGCCGGUUCUGAGGGCGGCAGCGCGAGGGCACUGGCACUGGCCCGGCCGGCGUGGGUUGUCUGGCGCACAGUGGCGCUGGCAGUUGCGCUGGCCGGGCUGCUCAACGGGUCGGCGUACCUGUGGUACGUGGCCAUCGGGUUCACCAGCAUGUCCAAGGUCACAGCCAUCUACAACAUGUCGUGCUUCUUCGCGUACCUGUUCUCGGUGCUGCUGCUUCGCGAGCGCGUGAGGCUGGUCAAGUGCGCGGCGGUCGGCGCCAGCAUUGUCGGUGUUGUCUUCAUGACUACGGUCGAUAGCGACGGCGAUGCGCUGUCGGCCGCGGCGCGGCGCAGCGAGAUGAUCGGCGACGUGCUGUCGCUCGUGUGCGCGUGUGGCAUCGGGCUGUACCAGGUGCUGUACAAGAAGUACGCGGUGCCUGGCGGCUUUCACUCGCUGUUCCACGUCAACUUUAUGACGACGCUGCUGGGCGUGGCCACGGUUGCUGUCUACUGGCUGCCAAUCCCGGCGCUCAGCGCGCUGGGCGUCGAGCUGGCGCUCAUCGUGGCCAACGCGCUGUUUGGCGUGGCGUACAACGCCUGUUUUAUGAUUGCGCUGGCGCUGACGUCGCCGCUGUUUGCGGCCAUCGGCGUCAUGCUGACGAUCCCCGCCAUGGCCGUCAUUGACAUGGCCAUGCAGGGCCAGGUGCUGGCGUGGAGUGUCUUUGUGGGCGGCGGCGCCAUCCUGGUUGGCUUCUGCACGCUGAGCCUGGCCGAGUACCGCGAGACCAUGGCGCGGGCAAAGGCCGAGGCCCAGGAUGAGGAGGAGGACGGCGAGGGCGAGGGCGAGGGGGAGGGGAGAACGACGCAGGGGCGGCGGCAUUGGCGGCGCCUGUUGCGCUGUGAGCCAUGGUUGAUCGGCUGCUGAUCUGAUCUGCUGAUUGAGUCGGAAAUCAGAAGGCGUGGCUUUGCAGGAACUGGGCACGGCGUCAGCAUUAUGCGAUGGCACAAUCACUUUCAUCACCAUCACAAGCCGCAGGGGAGGGGACGCGCAGGAGAUUCGCAAUCUCAGUCUUCCAGCGGUCAGCUUUACCCCAGCUUUCCCACCCCCUGUUUUUAUUCUUCAAACUUUAUAUUUGAGGCCCAGUGCUUGGGCUGUUGCUGCAUC